AUGCGAUGGACUGCCCCCAGUGUGUCCAUCUCGCUGGUGCCCUCGAGCUCCCAGCCCGGCCCCGGCUGCCUGCUCUGCUCCCUGAUGGAUUUCUCCCCUGCCCACAUCCAGCUGAGCUGCUCCCAGGGCCAGCAGCAGCUCUCGGGCCACGUGCUGGCCACUGCCGUGCUCCCCAGCGGGGACUGGAGCCAGCAGCUCCUGGUGCUGCUGGAAACCGCCCCCCAAUGCGGGCUCAGCUCCAGCUGCCAGGUGGAGCACGUCAGCCUGGAGCACCCCCUGAGCCGGCACUGGGACAUGCCAUCGGACGACACCCGCAGCAAGAUGCUGACGGGGAUCGGGGGCUCCUUGUUGGGCUUCGUCUUCCUGGCACUGGGGUUUGGCUUCUGCCUCUGCAAGAAGGUGAGGAGGGGUCCCAGGGCUCAUGUCUCCCUCCCCUGGAGUGUGUGUGCUUCCCCCAGUCUGGUGUCACGCCCUUUUCUCUGCCCACAAAGCUCCUGAGGCAGCGGCAAAA